CAUGAACCGAUCUGAAAGAUUAAACGUGGUUUUAUGUCUACCGAUAUCUUUACAGACCAAACAAGGAUUACAUAUUGAGAUAUGGCAAAACGAUUGGUGAAUAACUUGAAAGACGAAUACCUUAGUUGCAGCAUCUGUUUGGACCAGUAUCGCCAACCAAAGACAUUACCAUGUGACCAUAUCUUCUGUCAAGAAUGUCUCAGCAGUCACGUUGUACAGAACAUUCACACGCACAAAACUCACGUGGAAAUCUCGUGUCCUUUGUGCAGGAAGAAAACUUCAAUAAAAUCUAAAGGGAAUUUCGAUGUGGAAGCAUGGGUGAAUACUUUGCCAACGGAUUCUCUCGUCGGAUCGUUAAUGAAGACAUUAAACAUGCACGAAAGAGGCACAAGAAGUCCAGAGGUUCUACCUAAACUGUGCGAAUCGCAUGGCGGAAAACCAUGUGACGCUUAUUGUUUUACACAUGCGCAGUUGAUGUGUUGGGAAUGCGCGGCACGUGAUCAUCGCAUUUGCAGCGUUGAUUCCGCAGACAAAGCAAAACAUUUAGUCCAACCGGAAAUAGAAUCUAUGAAGAAAACCGUGGAGAAUCAUUUAGCAAGAGCUCGAGAAUUGAGCAAAAGCGAUGAAACAUUCAAAAACAGUAAAGUAAAAGUUUUGAACGACCUUCAAGAUUUUGAGAGAAGACUCGAUAAGGUUUAUACAUCUGCUAAACAUCAGUUGUGUUUAUUAAAAUCUGAGGUAGAGAAAGUUACGAAAAUGCAUCUAGAUGAAAGAAAGAACUUUUAUGAUGCUGUCCAAUCACUCCUGGAACUAAAAUGUUCCAUAGAAAUAAUGGCGAAUGAGUCCGAAGCCACCAAGUUAUUUGCUUUGUUAGAAAAAAUGAAGAAAGAUGUCGAACACGGUGUCGACAAAUUUCAAAAAAUUGAAAAAGAAAACGAAAGCUGCGGAGAACAGUAUAUCAAAUUCGUUGGUGAUGGAACACUGAAAAACUUUUUGGCCAUGUACUCUAGUGUAGGGUUCAUAGAUUCGAACGUUCCCGGUUCAUCCUCUUUGUCGUUAGAAUCCAUGCCAACCCCGAGAGCAGCACCAGUUUCGCUGUCACAUAUUUUUAAACGGUCAAAAUCAGUUGGUUCAACGAAAGCUACCGAUUAACAUGAACUUCUGUUAUAAACUUUAGAAGGCUAAAUGUCGUCGUAGAUGUUAAAAUUAGAUGUGUUCUAGAGACCGACUAUAUAUGUUACUUUGUAUCUACCGGUAUUAACACAUGGGUUUACGUAAGAUAGUCCUUGCAAGUCAAUGGACAUUCGCGAUUUGUGAAACAUGAGCGCUAUGACUCACUAUAUAAUCACUUCUGCUAAUUUUUUUUUCAUGUCUGGGCGAAAUAUGCUGUGGCAGCCAGCAGGUAUUAGAAAUUGGCAUUUCGACCAUAUGUUACAGAAGAUUAUUCUUUGAAAUAAUUCUCUCUCUGUACUUUUUGUAAACCGGAAAGCAUAAAGAGGCUUUUUGAAAUCUAGUUGUCUUUCUGUUUCCGACAAUCUUACUGUCUUUACCGAGCGUUUUUCCCCCUUUUGUGAAAAAAAUAUGACGUAAACGUCAGAUCUUGGAGCGAACUUGCGUACGUCAAAAAUGUCGUAUAAGAGUUUAAAAUGCGUUUUUAUUUUAUGUUUUUCGGUGGUUUAUCGAAAUAUAACGGUGAAUUAUAUCCUGAUAAUCUCACUGGCCACUCAGUGAAAAUUAUCAAAUCUGAUACCCGGAUUAACGUCAAAAAGUUUACCGAGCGUACUGAAAGCUGGAAACAAUAUGACGAUGACGUCGUUAAAAUGACGUCAUCUUUGCGAUGCUUCCUGAUAAAAUUUCCCGCAAAUUUCGACAUUUUAUUGAAAUAAACACAACAAAAGUAGAGUUUUAGACAUAAAAUAAACAGAAAAAUUGUUGGUAUCGAUGUAAUAUCACGGUAAUUUCACUCGUGAACACCAAAAGUUGUUAUUUUCACGAGUGGCUGCGCCACUCGUGAAAAUAUCACUUUUGGUGCCCACUCGGUGAAAUUAUAACGUGAUAUUACACCGAAACCAACAAUUAUCCUCUAUAUCAUUGCAAUAGUAGAUGGUGCAAAAAUCAUGUUUUUUCUUGAUGAAAAUCACGGGUUGCAAAAACUAGAGUUACUUUCCUAUUUUUUUUUAGUUUGAAUUUAUUG